ACCUAGCCUAUUGACGGGAUGAGGAUUGUUGCGGCUCAUCGUGGUCGGAGAUCAACUGCGGUCUAAUGCCAGAUCAUGUAGCGGGCAAUUCUCCUGGUGGCGCGCAGUAGCGCUGGUGAUAUGAGACAAGCCAUUCUCAAGAGUGUUCAGAACCCGCCGAUCGUCAUCGUAGGCCAUUCCUCUACAGGGCGGAGAGCAUCAAUUAUUGACGCUUGACUGCUGUAUGGCGCCGAAGGGCGGAAAAGAAAGAGUUUGGAACAUAGAAAACACGCGGUCAACAUUUUAAUAUAUAAGACCGGUCGACGACCAGUUCCUCUUCGAUUCUUCUCUCAGCAUCACCAGCAUCAAAAACAUUUAAAAAACGCACUCUCUUACAACACACACUCGUUUACAUAUUCUCAUCAGCAACGCUCGUUUCGUUUAGCAAUUUCACUCCAUCUUUAAUUAAUCCUCAACGACACGUCCAAAUCAGUCAAGAUGCAGUUCACCAUCGUUGCCGCUCUUACCAUGGCCCUCGGCGCCCUCGGAGCUCCCCAGCUCGGCGGCCCUCCCAACACCCGUAUCCCUCCCGUCCCCGGUGAUGUCACUGUCGGCCAGGCUGGUGACACCUGUGGCUCUGACCUCGACCUGAGCUGCUGUGACAAGGUCGACCAGUCCGGUGAUGCAAUCAACACUGCCGAAGGUCUCCUUGCUGGUCUCCUUGAAGGUGGCUUGGAAGAUGCAACAGUUGGUCUGUUCGAUGGCUGCUCUAAGCUGAACGUUGCUGCUGUAGUUGGUCUUGACGAUCUCCUGAACAGCCAGUGCAAACAGACCCCCGCAUGCUGCCAGCACUCUGGCAUGGAACAGGAGGGCCUUCUCAACGUCGGUCUCCCUUGCCUUGCCCUCGGCAGCGUCUUGUAAAUGCCAGCUUCGUUCGAAUACAACUUGCAUAACUGGUGCACAGCAUUUUGGGGGAAUGAGAUAUGUUGGGCUGUAAUGUUGAGGAGAGUGCCAAAUUGUAUUGCUAGUAGCCUGGUUUUAGUGAUUUAGAAAAUCCAACUUCAGUCGCUCGUUACAGUAUGCUCUUCCUACUGUGAUUUGUCUCUAUCUUCUUUCUAUAUCAUCACCCAUACUGACUUAGGUCUCUACACUAUCCGCCUUCUGCAUCUUGCUUUCUUCUUCUUCUUUUCUCCUUUUUCUUUCUUCAUAAUAUCAUUUCUCAGCACCUCUGUCAUCUCUUAU